AUGAGUAAUGCAGUAGUGGCCAUUUGUGGUAUAAUAUCACAGUUUAUGCAAUGCAUGUCUGCACAGACAGUGCACGUGGUGGGAGGUGGCACGGCUUGGACCAUCCCACCCGGUGGCGCUUCUGCAUAUGUAUAUUCUACUAAGGCUUCUACUCCGAAAUUCGUCAUUGGUGAUAUUUUAACAUUCAACUUCGUAACAAACGCUCACGAUGUCGUCCAAGUACCAAAAGCUUCAUAUGACAGUUUUAACAAAGAUAGAGCCAUAGGCGACCCCAUAACCAAGGGCCCAGCCAACGUCACCCUCUCCACUGCCGGCGACCUCUACUUCAUUUGCUCCGUCGGCACUCACUGUCAGGGCGGCCAGAAGUUGGCCAUCAACGUCUCCGCCUCCGGCCCUGCCGGUGCCUCGCCGACUGCAGGAGGGCCCACAGCUCAGAGCCUUCGGGCUCGUCUUCGCCUGCUGUUUUUGCUGCUUUCUUGUUCACCUUGUUGUCCGUCGCUGUCGGCUUCUUCUUUUCCAUGUGAUGAUUUUGAGGCAUGGACAAAACGGGAUGCUUCAAAUUUUCUAUGCGUAAUAAAGUUUGGUGAGAUUGUUUUCUAA